UUCUAUAUUACCCCAAACCAAAACUAAAACCAAUCCAGGAAAAAGAAACCCAAAAACCCAAACUCAAACCAAACCUCCACCUUCUUUUCCUGUUUCCUCUUUUCUCUCUUUUCCUCCCUAUUCCAGCAACCAAACACACCCCCCAUGGAGUCCCAAAAAGACCUCCAGGAAUUCAUUUUCCGGUCGAAACUCCCUGACAUUUACAUUCCAAACCAUCUCCCACUCCACACUUAUUGCUUCGAAAACCUUUCCCAAUUCAAAGAUCGGCCUUGUCUCAUCAAUGGCUCCAGCGGUGCCACCUAUACAUACGCCGAGGUCGAGCUCAUAUCACGUAAAGUGGCCUCGGGUUUGGACAAGUUGGACAUCAAACAAGGCGAGGUGAUCAUGCUUUUGCUCCAAAACUGUCCAGAAUUCAUGUUCGCUUUCCUAGGCGCGUCCCACAUCGGAGCGAUAAUCACGACUGCGAACCCGUUUUACACUCCAGCCGAGGUUGCAAAGCAAGCCAAAGCAGCAAACACUAAACUCAUCAUCACUCAAGGCUUAUACGUAGAGAAAGUGAAAGACUUUGCAAAAGAGAACGACAUAAAGGUCAUGUGCAUUGACGAGUCGCCAGUGGAAGGUUACUUGCAUUUCGCCGAGUUGACUCAGGCCGACGAGAAUGAAAUCCCGGCCGUGAAAAUCAACCCAGAUGAUGUCGUGGCACUCCCUUAUUCGUCGGGAACAACAGGUCUCCCAAAAGGGGUUAUGUUAACACACAGAGGAUUAGUCACCAGCGUGGCACAACAAGUGGACGGUGAAAAUCCAAACCUGUAUUUUCACAAAGACGAUGUGAUACUCUGUGUGUUGCCCUUGUUUCAUAUUUAUUCAUUGAACUCUGUUUUCCUUUGUGGGUUGAGAGUUGGGGCAGCAAUUUUGAUUAUGCAGAAGUUUGAGAUUGUUAAGUUGUUGGAAUUGGUUGAGAAAUUUAAGGUUUCAAUUGCGCCUUUUGUUCCUCCGAUUGUUUUGGCGAUCGCUAAGAGCCCUGAGGUUAAUAAGUACGACUUGUCGUCGAUUCGGACGGUGAUGUCUGGGGCAGCACCCAUGGGGAAGGAGCUUGAGGAUGCUGUUAGAGCUAAACUUCCUAAUGCCAAACUUGGACAGGGUUAUGGCAUGACUGAGGCUGGGCCAUUGUUAUCAAUGUGUUUGGCAUUUGCAAAAGAACCCUUCGAAGUCAAAUCAGGAGCAUGUGGAACAGUCGUGAGAAACGCAGAGAUGAAAAUCGUUGACCCAGAAACUGGAGCUUCACUUCCACGAAACCAAGCUGGUGAGAUUUGCAUCAGAGGUAGCCAGAUCAUGAAAGGUUAUGUUAAUGACCCAGAGGCUACAAAAAGAACCAUAGACAACGAGGGAUGGUUGCACUCUGGUGAUAUUGGGUACAUUGACGAUGAUGAUGAGCUCUUCAUUGUUGAUCGAUUGAAAGAGUUGAUCAAAUACAAAGGGUUCCAAGUGGCCCCCGCAGAGCUGGAAGCAAUGUUGAUUGCCCACCCUAACAUUUCUGAUGCUGCUGUUGUACCCUUGAAAGAUGAGGCUGCAGGAGAGGUUCCUGUUGCAUUUGUAGUAAAAUCAAAUGGUUCCAAAAUUAGCGAGGAAGACAUCAAGCAAUAUAUCUCAAGACAGGUUGUGUUUUACAAGAGAAUCAACCGGGUAUUCUUCACAGAUACAAUUCCUAAGGCCCCAUCAGGCAAAAUCUUAAGGAAAGACCUAAAAGCGAGGCUUGCAGCAGGUCUAGCAAAUUAAACUUGAAGGAAUCGAUUUACAGAAUCAGCUUGAAGGCCUAAGAGAAAUGAAAUGAUUUAUUUUUUUUUCGAAAUGGUCAACUGUGAUGGGGGGAAAAUAAAUUGUUUUACAGUGGUGAUUUUUUCAUGCGUUUGUAUUAUAUGCAUUGCUCUGUGGAAACCACUAAGUGUCUAACACAGAGAGAUAUAAGUGACACCCUUUUGUAAGAAUUUAUUUAUGUAGAUGAUGUUUAUGAACAACCGGAUAACUUAAACUCAAAAAUGGUUUGUUUUUAUGUAAGUUCUAUAACUUUUUUUA